AAUAAAAAUGAAAGACCUUCAAGCAAGGUGUUCCCAAAAACAUGGUGACGCCUGUCAUCAAUCAAGCCCCCCCACCCCUUCCCCUUUCAAUGCUAUAUAUAUCCCUCCAUUCAUCCCAUUCUUCAAAGUAAUUUACCCCUCUGUUCCCCAUUUCUCUCUUUGAAUCCUCCUUACAGUACUUGAAUUGUCACCAUGCAACUCCUUUUCUCCUCAUUGCCACUACCACCCCACACUUUUCUACCAACUUUCACAGCUUUCUAUGGUUGUCACCUUCCCUUUCUCAUUACACCAAUUGUUUUGUUUUAUUUGAUGGUGGUUUUGGUGGUGGUGACGCUGCUGCUGUUGUUGUCAGUUCAUCAAUGGCGGCGCCCCAAGGACAAACCCCUGCCACCUGGUUCCAUGGGUUGGCCUUAUAUUGGUGAAACUCUCAAGCUUUACAAAGAGAAUCCCAAUUCUUUCUUUGCCAACCGCCAAAAAAGGUAUGGAGAUAUAUUCAAAAGCCACAUAUUAGGAUGCCCCUGUGUGAUGAUUUCAAGCCCUGAUGCAGCUAAGAUUGUGUUGGUCACAAAGGCUCAUCUUUUCAAACCAACUUAUCCACCAAGCAAGGAGAAGAUGAUAGGGCCUGAGGCCAUAUUCUUCCAUCAAGGUCCUUACCAUUCAAGGCUGAAGAAGCUGGUCCAGGCCUCUUUUUUACCCUCUGCAAUUCGAGGUUCAGUUUCUGAGAUUGAGCAGAUUGUUCUUAAAUUCCUACUAGCUUGGGAAAACACCACUCUUAACACCUUGCAAGAAAUGAAGAGAUAUGCUUUUGAUGUGGCAAUGAUUUCUGCCUUUGGCCAUAAACAAGACAAGGAAAUCAACGGAAUCAAGCAGCUCUAUCAAUGCCUGGAAAAGGGUUACAAUUCCAUGCCUUUAGAUCUUCCAGGAACUCCUUUCAAUAAAGCAAUGAAGGCUAGGAAGCUGUUGAAUGAGACCCUGAGAAGAUUGAUAAAAGAAAGAAGAGAAAAUGAGAAACAAGGUGGUGGAGGGUUGCUGGGUGUUCUAUUGGGUGACAAAAACCAAAAGGUUGAUCAACUCAGUGAUUCCCAGAUUGCAGAUAAUGUAAUUGGUGUAAUCUUUGCUGCUCAUGAUACCACUGCAAGUGUCCUAACAUGGCUGUUAAAAUACUUGCAUGACAAUGAAAAUUUACUAGAAGCUGUCACUAGAGAACAAGAAGGUGUUCGACGAGAAAUAAUCGAAGCAAAUCGCAGGCUUAUGUGGGAUGAUACAAGGCACAUGCCAUUGACUACCAGGGUGAUUCAAGAGACAUUAAGAACAGCAAGUAUUCUGUCAUUCACCUUCAGGGAAGCAGUGGAAGAUGUUGAGUUUGAAGGCUAUUACAUCCCCAAAGGUUGGAAGGUUCUUCCUCUCUUUAGAACCAUUCAUCAUUGCGCGGAUUUCUUCCCUAAACCCGAGAAAUUUGACCCUUCGAGAUUCGAGGUACCGCCGAAACCCAACACGUUUAUGCCCUUUGGGAAUGGAGUACACUCUUGUCCAGGCAGUGAACUGGCCAAGCUUGAGAUGUUGGUGCUCCUCCACCAUCUCACCACAAAAUACAGGUGGCAAGUUGUGGGAGAUGAGGAUGGAAUCCAGUAUGGUCCCUUUCCAGUGCCCAAAAAGGGCUUACCUGUAAAGGUCACCCCAAGAAAUAUAUAGGCAUCAUGAGCACAACAAUACACCAUUUCUGGAUUUGGACUCAAAUGAAGAUUUAACUUUUUUUGGGGGGCUAAAAAGCCUAUUGAGUUUUUCUUUAUUCUCAUUUUGGUUGUUAAAUUUGUCUUUGGGAAUCUUUUGUAAUUGUUCAAAAGCUUUCUUGAGGAGUAGGGUUUUUUUUUUUUUGGUCCUUGGUUUGUUCAAGGUAAAGUAAAUCUGUUGUAUAAAAACAAAAAGUAAAAAAAUAAAAGGAAAUGUACUUGCUUCAAUGUAUUUGAAAGCAAUUUCUUUUUA